CACACUCGGCCGACGAGCCUGUCGGAGACAGCACGGAGAGAGGGCUUUGGGCGAGAACAGCCAUGUCAUUGAAUUAAGGGCGCAACGAAAUGCUUGCUCGGCGAACCUGCGGCUGCUACAGGAGGCAAACAGCUGACGGAAUCGGCCGCUGUGGACACUGAAAGACGUUAGGUUUCAAUGAACAUGGUUGAGAGGAAGAGGUGCGCUCGUGCUGUUGCUGUAGUCUAGAGCAGCCUGGACGGAGACUCUCUCGGCAGUUCACCAAUACAACAAAUAACAAAACACCGAUUCAUUUCCAUCAUUCGAGUCGUUGUCAGUAAACGCUGGAUACUAUAACCAUGUCUACCGGACAGGACGAAAGCUCGGUCCGGGUGGCUCUGAGGAUCCGACCCCAGCUGGCCCGGGAGAAGAUCGAGGGCUGCCACAUCUGCACCUUCGUCACUCCUGGCGAGCCCCAGGUCACCCUGGGCAAGGACAAGGCCUUCACGUACGACUACGUGUUCGACAUGGACUCCGGGCAGGACGCCAUCUACGCCGACUGCACCGAGAAGCUCAUCGAGGGCUGCUUCGAGGGCUACAACGCCACCGUCUUCGCCUACGGACAGACGGGCUCGGGGAAGACCUACACCAUGGGCACGGGGUUUGACGUGAGCAUCGGGAGCGAGGAGCUGGGCAUCAUCCCGCGCGCCGUCCGGCACCUGUACCGCGGCGUGGAGGAGCGCCGCAGGCUGGCCUCAGAGCAGGGCCGGCCCCAGCCCGAGUUCAAGAUCAACGCCCAGUUCCUGGAGCUGUAUAACGAGGAGGUGCUGGACCUGUUUGACUCCACGCGGGACACUGAGGUCAGGAAGCAGAAAUCGCACAUCAAAAUCCACGAAGACGCCAACGGAGGGAUCUAUACCGUGGGAGUGACCACACGCACAGUCAGCUCAGAGGCCGAGAUGCUGCAGUGUCUGAAGCUGGGUGCUCUCUCUCGCACCACUGCCAGCACUCAGAUGAACGUGCAGAGCUCUCGCUCCCACGCCAUCUUCACCAUCCACCUGUGCCAAGUGCGCGUGUGUGCGCCCGAGAACGACGAUCAGAAGGACAACAGGAUAGCAAACAGCUCCUCGGAGAUGAACGAGUUCGAGACCCUGACCGCCAAGUUUCACUUCGUGGACCUGGCGGGGUCCGAGAGGCUGAAACGCACAGGGGCCACUGGGGAGCGGGCCAAGGAGGGCAUCUCCAUCAACUGCGGACUGUUGGCGCUAGGCAACGUGAUCAGCGCCCUGGGGGACCGGAGCAGGAAGGCGACACAUGUCCCGUACCGCGACUCCAAGCUCACGCGACUCCUGCAGGACUCCCUGGGGGGUAACAGCCAAACGAUGAUGAUCGCCUGCAUCAGCCCGUCGGACCGAGACUUCAUGGAGACGCUGAACUCGCUCAAGUACGCCAACCGCGCCCGGAACAUCAAGAACCGCGUGGUGGUGAACCAGGACCGGGCCAGCCAGCAGAUCAGCGCCCUGCGCACCGAGAUCGCCCGGCUGCAGAUGGAGCUGAUGGAGUACAAGACGGGCAAGCGGAUGGUGGGGGAGGACGGCAUGGAGAGCAUAAACGACAUGUUCCAGGAGAACUCCAUGCUGCAGACGGAGAACAGCAACCUGCGCGCGCGCGUCAAGGCCAUGCAGGAGACCAUCGACGCCCAACGAGCCCGGCUCACACAGUUCCUGAGUGACCAGGCCAACCAGGCGCUCGCUAGAACAGGCGAGGGGAGUGAGGAGAUCGGGAACAUGAUUGAGAAUUACAUCAAGGAGAUCGAGGAGCUCAGGGCGAAGCUGCUGGAGAGCGAGUCGAUGAACGGGAACCUGCGGAAGAGCCUGUCCCGCGCCGCCACGCGCUCGCCCUUCUACAGAGGCCCCGAGAACGACCCCGCCGACAUCAUCCAGAUGGCCAAGAAGGACGUGGAGAAGCUGCGCAAGAGGGAGCGCCGCAAGAAGAAGAGGCUCCAGACGCUGGGAGAGCUUCAGCAGGAGGACAGUGCUGAUGACAGUGUCGUCAAAGAGGAGCUUCCUGACAACGAGCAGCACACGGGAUUGGAGAAAGAGCUGUCUGAGCAAGCCAAUGAGGAAGCAGAGAUGCAGGACAGACAGGAAGGAAGUGAUCAUGAAGAAGGAGAUGAGGAAGAGGAGGAUGAAGAAGAGGAGGAAAUAGAGGUGGACGAGAGUUCGGACGAGGGGGACUCCGAGCUGGAAGAGAAAGAGGACUUCCAGGCGGACCUGGCCAACAUCACAUGUGAGAUCGCCAUCAAGCAGAAGCUGAUCGACGAGCUGGAGAACAGCCAGCGGCGUCUGCACACGCUCAAACAGCAGUACGAGCAGAAGCUCAUGAUGCUGCAGAGCAAGAUCCGAGACACGCAGCUGGAGAGGGACCGCGUGCUGCAGAACAUGGGCUCGGUGGAGACGUUCACUGAGGAGAAAGCCAAGAAGAUCAAGACGGACUACGAGAAGCGCCUGACCGUGAUGAACAAGGAGAUGCAGAAGCUGCAGUCGGCACAGAAGGAGCACGCCCGGCUCCUGAAGAACCAGUCGCAGUACGAGAGGCAGCUGAAGAAGCUCCAGCAGGACGUGGGCGAAAUGAAGAAAACCAAGGUCCGUCUGAUGAAGCAGAUGAAGGAGGACCAGGAGAAGAACCGCAUGAAGGAGCUGAAGAGGAGUCGCGAGAUCGCGACGUUAAAGAAGGACCAGCGCAAACAGGAGCUCCAACUGAAACAGCUGGAGGCCCAGAAGAGACAGCAGGAGCUGAUUCUGCGCAGGAAAACUGAGGAGGUGACAGCACUCCGGCGUCAGGUGAGGCCUACGUCAGGAAAGGUGAGCCGCAAGGUGAGCUUACCUGAGCCUCUGCCGGACCCCUCCUCCCGGACCCCCGCGGGGCGGACACACACUGCCAGCUCCGCAGCGUCAAACGGAACCAGGAAGAACCAGAGGAGCAUGGUGGGCAUGUACACCACCAGGGGGGCGCGGACCAAAUGGCAGUUGCUGGAGAGGCGUAUCAGUGACAUCAUCAUGCAGAGGAUGACCAUCUCCAACAUGGAGGCAGACAUGAACCGGCUGCUCAAGCAAAGGGAAGACCUGACCAAGCGGAGGGAGAAAGCAUCCAAGAAGAGGGACAGGGUGGCCCCGGAGGGGCCCGACGCAGACAGGACCCGCCUGUCCCUCAGCGAGGAGGUGGAGGCUCUGACGGCCAACAUCGACUACGUCAACGACAGCAUCGCCGACUGCCAGGCCAACAUCAUGCAGAUGGAGGAGGCAAAGGACGAAGGGGGCGUGGUGGACGUCACCUCGGUGAUCAGCACCUGCACCCUGUCGGAGUCACGCUUCCUGCUCGACCACUUCCUGUCCAUGGCCAUCAACAAGGGCCUCCAGGCAGCUCAGAAGGAGUCCCAGGUCAAGGUGAUGGAGGGCCGUCUCAAACAGACGGAGAUCAACAGCGCCACCCAGAACCAGCUGCUCUUCCACAUGCUGAAGGAGAAGGCCGAGUUCAACCCCGAGCUGGACGCCCUGCUGGGGAACGCCCUGCAAGAACUGGGUAACGUACCCGACGAGGAAGGUGAGGAGAGCAGCAGCGAUGAAUCGGCCCAGAGUCCCUCCGCUGAAGGAAGCUCUUUGGCCUCGGACCUCAUGAAACUGUGUGGAGAGACCAGGCCGAGGAGUAAGGCCCGGAGGAGGACCACCACUCAGAUGGAGCUCCUGUACGCCAGCAGCAGCGACCCCGCCCUCGACCUGCCCGGCGGCGAGUUCCCCGCCCCUCUCCUCCCAGUGGCUGAGACCCAGGAGGCGGGGGAUCAGAAGUCGCUCGGAGACCCUGUCGCCCCCCCCUCGGGCCUGCCCGUGAAGCUGGUCAGGAGCCCCAGUCCCAGAGCCCUGCCUGUGGUGGACAGACGGGCUCCUGAGACCUCCCCGCUCACCAGGAGGAAGGGUCAGGCGCUGGCUGACAGGGCCAGGGAAAAGGAGGGCAAACACUUAGAUGAGAGCGAGUCUUCUGGACCGGAGGGGCACAGGGGCGUGAUAAACUCGGUGGCGUGUGGGAAGAGCGUGGCCGGGCCGGGGGCGGGGCUGCGGUGCGUGCAGGUGGCGGAGGGACACCUGAAGGCCGUGCUGUGUGUGGAGGCCACCGACGACCUGCUCUUCACCGGCUCCAAGGACCGCAGCUGUAAGGUGUGGAACCUGGUGACGGGGCAGGAGAUCAUGGCCCUGGGGGGGCACCCUGGGGGGGUGGUGUCGGUGAGGUACACCUCCAGCCUGGUGUUCACCGUCUCCACCGCCUACAUCAAAGUGUGGGACAUCCGCGACUCCGCCAAGUGCAUCCGCACGCUCACAUCAUCAGGUCAGGUAACCGCGGGCGACGCCUGUGCGGCCAGCUCCGCCCGCCCCCCCUCCAUCCCUCCGGGCGAGGCCCAGAUCAGCCAGGCCGCCCUCAACCCCGCCGGAACCUUCCUCUACGCCGCCGCGGGCAGUGCCAUCCGCAUGUGGGACCUGAGGAGGUUUGUGUCCACGGGGAAACUGACGGGACACCAGGGCGCCAUUACGUGCCUGACCGUGGACCAGACGAGAAACGGGCAGGACCUGGUCCUCACCGGGUCCAGAGACCGCUGCGUCCGGGUGUUCGAGGUGUCUGGAGGGACUCAGGGGGUCGUGACCCCGGCGCACAGUCUGGAGCCCCUCCACGCUGACGGGGUGGAGGCCCUGCUGGUGCAGGGGGACCGGCUUUUCAGCGGGGCGCGGGACGGGGGCGUGUGCAAGUGGGACCUGUCCCGCAAGCAGCUGGAGGAGCACGUGGAGAGUGCACACAGUGACUGGGUUUCUGCGUUGGGCAUGGUGCCGGGCUGCCCCACCCUGCUGAGCGGGGGCAGGGACGGGGUCCUCAGGCUGUGGCAGGCGGGAUCCCUGGGGCCCCUGGGAGAGCUGAGGGGCCACGAGGGCCCCAUCACCGGCAUCGCUUCCAACAGCAGCCACCUCUACACCGCCUCCGAAGAUCAGACUGUGAAGAUCUGGCGAGCACAGUCGUAAUCUCGCUAACGGACCGCCGUGUUGAGCAUCUUUGAGACGGAGGUGUCAGGCAUCCUGAUCAGACUGCAUGGGCCAAUACCCUCGCUUCCUUCAGCGUAACCGUGGUGACCCGGUCUCACCUGAGGACUCUGCUCCACCUCAGCACUGACCUUUAUAAAACCUGCAAUCUGCGGGGGUCCUGAUCUGGCAGCUCCUCAGCACAACACAGCAAGAGCCUUCCAGGUGUGCCAGGGUGUAGAAUAGUGCUGCCAAAUAUGGUCCCGCUAAGUACGACUCCCUGAAAUGUGAUCCUGCUAAAUACAGUCCUGCUAAAUACGGCCCCGUGCAACUGGUGAACCCACUCACUGUCUGUGAGGGGAAUAGCAUUCUGGAGCUGGUCUCUGGGAUGAAAGGUCUUAGGUCACACAGCACUGCCCGCUGCCUCUGUGUUCUGGAACUCUUUAAGGUGGUUUCGACUUAAAUCGUUCACCAUUCAACCCUUUAAUGUGUGAGGUCACAAAUACGUGAUUAGACUGUUCUUAAGUGAUCCUUCUAAAGCUGAUGUCACAAUCACAGCUGGCCAUUGUAAGCGAUGGACUUCUAGAACACUGGAUUAGAAUUUUGAGAAAAACAUUCCAAAACACCUGCUCUUCAGAGGGGUUAAGUGUUUAGGGUUUUCGGUGAUGUCUGUCCAGACCUGCAAACAAACAGCCAAAGUGUACGCUUCACAAGAGGUCUGAAAAUGCCUCUUCCCUGUUUUAAACCUGAGCUUUAAUGUUCACAUCUACUCGUAGCAUUUCAAUACUCUCGCUCCACGUGAACAGAUUCAUUUUCCGUACGUACGCAGGUUUUUAUUUUCUGCUGUCAUGGUCAUUGUCUUUGUUUGUUUGUUUGUUUGUUUGUUUGUUACGUGUGAUACUGUGUGACUCGGACUUUGAACCAAUGAAUUUGCUGCUAAGUCUUCUCUACACUUUGUUGACCAAUGAGACGUCGUCCUGUCGUCCGGCUCAGAACACGUUUUUCUUUCCGGAGAGUUCUGUGUGUAGUACAGCACUGUAACCCUACAGAGUGAAGACGGGCUGAAACCUACUUGUGUGAAGUAUGUGUGUUUUGCGCUAGUUUUCCAUCAUUUUGAAAACUGUGCGUGUGUUUUCAGUUUCGGUGGAAAUAUGACUGGUGUUUUUGCGGGUCUCGUGUGAGAUGUCAUGUGAAAUAAAUGUAAUCUGCAAAAAGAAAAAGAACGUGUCGAAUGUGAAUC